CAGAGAGCACUGACAGAGAGAUAUAGACAGAGAGAUAUAGACAGAGGUAGGAGGAGAGUAGAGAUGGGAGAGACGAGGAGGAGAGAGAGAUGAGAGAGAGAGAGAGGAGGUAGAGAGUAGAGAGAGAGAGUAAGAGAGAGAGAGAGACUGAUGAAGAGAGAGAGAAGAGGAAGGAGCAGAGUAGGAUAGAGAGAGCUAGCAGAUGAGAGAGAGGAGGAGAGAGAGAGAAGAAAGAAAGAAAGAAAGAGAGGGAGAGAGAGAGCAAUAGAGAGAAUGAGAGAGCAAGUGAGGUUUCUUCCUAGAACAGAACUUUGAGGCUACACUGAUUGAUGGAAGGGACAUUGAAUGAACAUAGAUAUUGAAUGAUCAGGAGCAAUCCAAUAACCUUGGAAAGGAAGAGUCUGAUUUGACUUAAUGUUUCAGAAGAAGUUGGACUAACAGACAAAGGAAGUCCACCAAACCAUGGACGAUGUAUCACUCCACCAGGAGGAUUCUGGGAACGAUGCAACAGCCAACCAGAUGGAGGACAACAACAACAAUCAGGUGUGAGUGUGUUGAUGAAGGAAACACACCCAUAAACAGAUACAGACAACCCCAAGACAAUAUGCAUAGAGACAAUCCUGAAACAUCUACAGAAAAAAAAUGCACACAUUUUCAAGAAGAAAAAAACACAUACAACAUGAGCCAUGUAGCUUUACAAUGAGGUGGCAGAGUUGUUAGAUGUAUUUGUGGUGUGGUCCGAUUUAGUAUUUGGAGCGAAGAUAGUGGGAGGGGUUGGUGGUGGUCAUGGCUGGGCUACACCUGUUCCUGUGCCAAAUUCUGACACAGGAAUGUUGCUGCCUUUCUCUCUCUCUCGCUCUCUCUCUCUCUCUCUCAACACACCACACACACACACACACACACACACAAACAUGUGUGUCUAUCCUAUUUCCACUGAUGAGUCACUACCCUGAGUCAUGACCAGGAGUGACACCUGGGACAGUUCCUCAAGUGCACUUACAUAACAUAAUUCCAACAUACUGUAUUAUCUGCGAUGUUAUAUAUCUUAAAAUUAGGUUGAAUAUUUGCAUAACAUAAAAACAACAUAAACAUGUAAUAUGUUUGAGUUGUAAUUUAUUAAAGCCAUGAAACAUUAUGAUAAGCGUGUGUGUGAUAUUACAGCAAUAAAAAACUCUGUACAGCCGGAGGCAUGUGUUCUGAGCACCUAAGUAACAAUGUGGAUUCCCUGGAGUGAAGCAGACUAAUUUCAUAUUUUAGUACUUAACUAUGUACCAUAGUCUCUCCCCUCAACAACUGAUUUAAAAUCAGGUCUCUGACAACAGUUCUGUCCUAUAACCCUAACCAAACUACCUCAAGUGCUCAUAAUCGCCAAUUGUAAUCAUAUCUGGUUUGUCUCUCAGACAGAGAGAGAAGCUCCAGUGCAGGAGUGUGACCCCCCUAAGAGAGAGCACCUGGCGGGAGACACCGUGGAAGGUCAUGGGGUCAAGUCAGGGGCUAAUAGGGAGAAAGCUCCAGAACAGGCAGCAGGGGCUAGCAUUGGAAACAUAGAGGAGUCUCAGCCAGUAACCGACACCAAUAAGGGUAAUGGUGAAGAAGCUUGUAAGGGUGAGGAGGGGCCGUGUUAUGGUGCAGACACCGGAGAAGCAGAAGAUCCCAAAGUGGUGAACGGAGAGAAGAAGGGGGGGAGAGAGAAGGAGGAGGACAAGAAUAGACAGGGGCAAGAGGUGGUCAAGAAUGGAGAGAUUGAGAAAAAGAAGGAGCUGAAAGAGGACAAAGAGAAGGGGGGAGAAAAUAAUGCCAGGAAAGAGGGGAAGGGAGGAAAGAUAGAAGAGGGGAAAACAGAAAAGAGAAAAGGAGAUGAAGAGAAGGGGAAAGACAGAAAAAUAAAGGCAGGGAAGGGAGAGGGAGGGAAGGGAGAGGGAGAGGGAGAGGGAGAGGGAGAGGGAGAGGGAGAGGGAGAGGGAGGGAGGGAGAGGGAGAGGGAGAGGGAGAGGGAGAGGGAGAGGGAGAGGGAGAGGGAGAGGGAGAGAAGGGAAAGGGAGGGAAGGGAGAGGGAGAGGGAGGGAAGGGAGAGAAGGCACCAGAGAACAAGAGCAAACCAGUAAAAGAAAAGGAAGGGGCAGGAGGAGGAAAGGUUAAAGAGAAAAGCAAGGAGGUGGAGAAGCAAGCGAAGACCAAAAGAAAGAGUGGCUUGAAUCCCACCGCCUCUACCCCAUCCUCUGCAGCCCCCUCUGUGGUCCGACCCCGGAACUCUGCACGCUCUGCCAGGGCGUCCACUAAAAAUGACAUCAUAGCAAAGUUCCAGCAAAAUGCACCUGAGUAAGUUCUGACAUGUGUAAUAUGACACAAUGUGUAUAAUUAAAUAUAUAACAUUUAUUAAUAUAACAACAUUUUAAUGGGAAGAAUUGUAUUUGUCUUUUGACUUAUUUUCAGGACACCGGUUGUCCGCAACUUCAAACUUCAGAGAUCAUCUAUGGCUGUGGCAAACGGGGCAUCAAUCAAACAGAAAGUGCUUUCAUGGUGUGCCAACAAAACACGCAACUAUGAGGUGAGGAGAUGUUCAUGGUCAUGUGCACAAGAGACAUAAGAACUGACAUCUGGGGAACCAUAACCCUGCCUGCCACCCUCUCUUUCCCAGGGCGUUUCCAUAGAGAACUUCUCAUCUUCAUGGUGUGAUGGGCUGGCGUUCUGUGCACUCAUCCAUCGCUUCUUCCCAGACGCUUUUGACUUCUCAGCCCUGAACGCAUCUGAGAGAGAGAAGAACUUCACCCUGGCCUUCAACACAGCAGAGUACGAAGCUGUGUGUGUGUGUUUAUGUCUGAGUGUGUGUUGAAAAGUAAUUCUCUCUCUCUCAUUUAAGGGGUUUAUUGGCAUGGGAAACGUAUGUUAACAUUGCCAAAGCAAGUGAAGUAGAUAGUAAACAAAAGUGAAAUAAACAAUAAAUAUUAACAGUAAACAUUACACUCAGAUGAUGUAUAUAUACAGUGUUGUAACACUGUGCAAAUAGUUAAAGUACAAAUGGGAAAAUAAAUAAACAUAAAUAUGGGUUGUAUUUACAAUGGUGUUUGUUCUUCACUGGUUGCCCUUUUCUUGUGGCAACAGGUCACACAUCUUGCUGCUGUGAUGGCACACUGUGGUAUUUCACCCAGUAGAUAAGGGAGUUUAUCAAAAUUGGGUUUGUUUUCAAAUUCUUUGUGGAUCUGUGUAAUCUGAGGGACAUAUGUGUCUCUAAUAUGGUCAUACAUUUGGCAAGAGGUUAGGAAGUGCAGCUCAGUUUCCACCUCAUUUUGUGGGCAGUGUGCACAUAGCCUGUCUUCUCUUGAGAGCCAGGUCUGCCUAUGGCGGCCUUUCUCAAUAGCAAGGCUAUGCUCACUGAGACUGUACAUAGACAAAGCUUUCCUUAAGUUUGGGUCAGUCACAGUGGUCAGAUAUUCUGCCACUGUGUACGCUCUGUUUAGGGCCAAAUAACAUUCUAGUUUGCUCUGUUUUUUUGUCAAUUCUUUCCAAUGUGUCAAGUAGUUCUCUUUUUGUUUUCUCAUGAUUUGGUUGGGUCUAAUUGUGUUGUUGUCCUGGGGCUCUGUGGGGUCUGUUUGUGUUUGUGAACAGAGCCCCAGGACCAGCUUGCUUAGGGGACUCUUCUCCAAGAUCCAGGUGAUGGCUUUGAUAUGGAAGGUUUUGGAAUCACUUCCUUUUAAGUGGUUAUAGAAUUUAACGGCUCUUUUCUGGAUUUUGAUCAUUAGCAGGUAUCGGCCUAAUUCUUCUCUGCAUGCAUUAUUUGGUAUUUUUCGUUGUACACGGAGGAUAUGUUUGCAGAAUUCUGCAUGCAGAGUCUCAAUUUGGUGUUUGUCCCAUUUUGUGAGUUCUUGGUUGGUGAGCGGACCCCAGACCUCACAACCAUAAAGGGCAAUGGGUGCUAUAACUGAUUCAAGUAUUUUUAGCCAGAUCCUAAUUGGUAUGUCGAAUUUUAUGUUCCUUUUGAUGGCAUAGAAGGCCCUUCUUGCCUUGUCUCUCAGAUCGUUCACAGCUUUGUAGAAGUUACCUGUGGCGCUGAUGUUUAGGCCGAGGUAUGUAUAGUUUUUUGUGGGCUCUAGGGCAAUGGUGUCUAGAUGGAAUUUGUAUUUGUGGUCCUGGCAACUGGCCUUUUUUUGGAACGCCAUUCUUUUUGUCUUACUGAAAUUUAGUGUCAGGGCCCAGGUCUGACAGAAUCUGUGCAGAAGAUCUAGGGGCUGCUGUAGGCCCUCCUUGGUUGGUGACAGAAGCACCAGAUCAUCAGCAAACAGUAGACAUUUGACUUCAGAUUCUAGUAGGGUGAGGCUGGGUGCUGCAGACUGUUCUAGUGCCCUCGCCAAUUUGUUGAUAUGUAUGUUGAAGAGGGUGGGGCUUAAACUGCAUCCCUGUCUCACCCCACAGCCCUAUGGAAAGAAAUGUGGGUGUAUUUUGCCAAUUUUAACCGCACACUUGGUGUUUGUGUACAUGGAUUUUAUAAUGUUGUAUGUUUUCCCCCCAACCCCACUUUCCAUCAAUUUGUAUAGCAGACCCUCAUGCCAAAUUGAGUCAAAAGCCUUUUUGAAAUCAACAAAGCAUGAGAAGACUUUGCCUUUGUUUUGUUUUGUUUGUUUGUCAAUUAGAGUGUGCAGGGUGAGUACGUGGUCUGUCAUAUGGUAAUUAGGCAAAAAGCCAAUUUGACAUUUGCUCAGUACAUUGUUUUCACUGAGGAAAUGAACUAGUCUGCUGUUAAUGAUAAUGCAGUGGAUUUUCCCAAGGUUGCUGUUGACGCAUAUCCCACGGUAGUUAUUGGGGUCAAAUUUGUCUCCACUUUUGUGGAUUGGGGUGAUCAGUCCUUGGUUCCAAAUAUUGGGGAAGACACCAGAGUUAAGGAUGAUGUUAAAGAGUUUAAGUAUAGCCAAUUGGAAUUUGUGGUCUGUAUAUUUUAUCAUUUAUGCUGUUCCUUCUUUUUCCAUAGUUUAUUUCUGUAUUGUUUUAGUGAUUCACCAUAGUGAAGGCGUAGGCUCAGGUUUUCUGGGUCUCUAUGUUUUUGGUUGGAUAGGUUUCUCAAUUUCUUUCUUAGGUUUUUGCAUUCUUCAUCAAACCAUUUGUCAUUGUUGUUACUUUUCUUUGGUUUUCUGUUAGAUAUUUUUAGAUUUGAUAGGGAAGCUGAGAGGUCAAAUAUACUGUUUAGGUUUUCUACUGCCAAGUUUACACUUUCACUAUUACAGUGGAACGUUUUGUGCAGGAAGUUGUCUAAAAGGGAUUGAAUUUGUUGUUGCCUAAUAGUUUUUUGGUAGGUUUCGACAAUACUUUCCUUCCAUCUAUAGAAUUUCUUAAUAUUAUUCAGUUCCUUUGGCUUUGAUGCCUCAUGAUUGAGUAUUGCUCUGUUCAAGUAGACUGAUUUUGCUGUGGUCUGAUAGGGGUGUCAGUGGGCUGACUGUGAACGCUCUGAGAGACUCUGGGUUGAGGUCAGUGAUAAAGUAGUCUACAGUACUACUGCCAAGAGAUGAGCUAUAGGUGUACCUACCAUAGGAGUCCCCUCGAAGCCUACCAUUGCCUAUGUACAUACCCAGCGUGCAACAGAGCUGCAGGAGUUGUGACCCAUUUUGUUGGUUAUGUUGUUGUGGUUGUGCCUAGGGGGGCAUAUGGGGGAGGGAAUGCUGUCACCUCCAGGUAGAUGUUUGUCCCCCUGUGUGCUGAGGGUGUCAGGUUCUUGUCCAAUUCAAUUUAGGUCGCCACAGACUAGUACAUGUCCCUGGGUCUGGAAAUGAUUGAUUUCCCCCUCCAGGAUGGAGGAUCUGUCUUCUAGCACACAGGAGGACAUUUUUCUCUGUUGAGAUAAUUUCCUUUUGAAUUUCUAGCCAAAUGUUCCUCUUUUGAUUAAUUUAAUAGAGUGAAUUAGGUCUGCUCUAUACCAAAUUAGCAUACCCCCUGAGUCCCUUCCCUGUUUCACACCUGGUAGUUUGGUGGAUGGGACUACUAGCUCUCUGUAACCUAGAGGGCAACCAGUGGGUCCGUCUCCUCUAUACCAUGUUUCUCCCUCUCUCUCUCUCAGGACCAUGGCUGACUGCUACCCCCUGUUGGAGGUUGGUGAUAUGAUCCUGAUGGGGAACAGACCGGAUCCUAUGUGUGUGUUCACCUACGUCCAGGCCCUCUGUCAUCACCUCUCCAAAAUAGAGAAAGAGAAGAAGGACAAGGAAGAAGAGGAGAAGAAGGACACAUCAGAGGAAAAUAAGAGUGAAAGGAUGACAGACGGAGAGGUAGAAACCAUUACAGAGAAAAAAGAGGAGGAGAGCGAGGGGGGGAGGAACAAAGGGAAAGAUGGUAAAGAGAAAGAAAGCAAGGAGAGCUCAGCGGUGGAGGGAGAUAAAGAGAAAUAGAGAGAGGAAAGAGAAGUUGUAGUGUUAGUUGAAGCACAGGCUUAAGCUAAUACUAAAGAUAAAUUGAAAAGACCAAAGGAGAGAGAUUCAGAAAGACUUUUCAAAUAAGCUACAUCAUGAAGUAGAGUCUUACAGUGUUCAACACGAGUGUGUGUGUAGCAUAUAUGAGCAUCAUUUUUUAAAGAGUGACACAUUACUACUGUGUAUUCAAAAGCUGGCUUACUGAAGG